AGAGCAAAGCAACGCUUACUAUAAAAAUCGAAGGAUAAAUAGCCAACAAAGUCGUCAUAAAUAUUUUAGAAAGUUCAGAAAAAAAAACCUCUCCGUUAUGUUGAAAAUCGUAGUGUGCAUUUUAAGUACAAUCCUGGCAACAGUGUUUGCCAACCGCCUGCCGCUUGACACACACAUUGCUGACCGUGCUGCUGAACUUUCGUUGGGAAAUUUCCUACUCGCACGCCAGGCGCGUAUUUCACCAACAGAGUCUGCGGAAUGCUUCGACACGUACGAACCACUAAUGCAACAAGCAGCAGCUCAGUGGUCCUCAGGAUAUCAGGAAUGUCUGCAGGUGGCUCAAACUGAUCGCAAUGCCAUCUUAGAGGCGGCAAGUCAGAGUCAAAAAGAGAUAUCAACCGAGGCGGCCAGUGUUUGUAGUUACGUGCAAACCUGUACUGCAGUCAACAGCUCACUGGAUGCACUUGAUUGUUUCGCAGAUUUGUCCUCCAACACACUCUCGCCCAUUUAUGUUAUCUCGAAUAAUGCUUCGGAUUUGGCGGGUGAAAUACGUGAGCAAUUGAAUGUCAUCGACGUAAAUUCAUACAAGUGUUGCAAUGCCACCGAACGCAAGUGGGUUGAGACCACAGCGCGCCUUAGCGAUGCACUUAAUUAUUGCUUGCAAUUUGGACCACCAGAAAUAGUCACUCCAGCCAGUAGCGCACAGGCGCAGGUGGCAUCAGAUGCACGCAGGGAUAUUCAACUUGUCUCUGCACCUCGUCGUACACCAAUUGGUAGGAUAUUGGCUAAUGAAGCCGAGGCGCCAGAGGCGGCAGAGCCCAAUCGUGAAAUAAGCAGUAAUUUGAUUUUGGCCUUCAACAAUUGGUUACAACAAAACGGAAAUAGAGGCGUGGCUAAUGUGUAAAAGUAUAAACGAAAAAAAAUUGAACUUACCAAAUCGCUGUAAAAACAUACACGAAAUUAUAUAGAA